ACCUGGACUUCUUAAAGGGGGCACGCUCUUCGCAACACGGUAAUAUCCUCGGGGAGCGCGUUGGUUAAACCAGCAUAAUGACUACUUACACGGACAAGGGUCCAAAGCCUGACAGGGGACGUUUUCUGCACUUCGAUCAUCUCACCUUCUGGGUCGGGAACGCAAAGCAGGCUGCGAGCUACUACUGCAUGAGGCUUGGUUUUGAACCUCUUGCCUACCAGGGACUGGAGACAGGUUCCCGGAAGGUUGCAGCUCAUGUGGUCCGGCAGAACAAGAUUAUAUUUGUGUUUACUUCUGCAUACGAGCCAUACAGUGGUGAAAUGGGAAGACACUUGGUUCGUCAUGGAGAUGGAGUGAAAGAUGUUGCUUUCACUGUCGAAGAUCUAGAUUCCAUUGUUGAAAGAGCUAAAGAGCGUGGGGCAAAAAUGAUAAAAGAUAUUUGGGAAGAAAGUGAUGAAACUGGAACAGUUCGGUUUGCAAGAGUACAGACGUAUGGUGACACAACUCACACAUUUGUUGAGCGUUCUAAUUAUAAUGGAAUUUUCCUCCCUGGCUACAAGGACCCACUGCAAAAAGAUGUGCUGUCUACAAAAUUGCCACCAGGAAAACUGGAUUUUGUGGAUCAUAUAGUUGGGAAUCAACCAGACAAUGGCAUGGUACCUGUAGCAGAGUGGUAUGAGAGGAACCUCAUGUUCCACAGAUUCUGGUCUGUGGAUGACUCACAGAUCCACACACAGUAUUCUUCUUUGAGAUCCAUUGUCAUGACAAACUGGGAAGAGACAAUCAAGAUUCCAAUAAAUGAGCCAGCACCAGGCAAGAAGAAGAGUCAAAUUGAAGAGUACGUAGACUACUAUGGUGGUGCAGGCGUGCAACACAUAGCCCUCAACACACAGGAUAUUAUUGGUGCUAUCCGAAACCUACGUGAGCGUGGGCAAGAAUUCCUACAAAUUCCUGAUACAUAUUAUGAUAUUCUCAGAGAGAGGCUGAAAGCAGACAAGGUUAAUUUGAUUGAGGAUCUGGAUAUCUUACAGGAGCUGAAAAUCCUUGUGGACUAUGAUGAAAAUGGUUAUCUGCUACAGAUCUUUACCAAGAACAUGCAAGAUCGGCCAACUCUUUUCCUUGAAGUCAUUCAGAGGCACAACCACAAAGGUUUUGGAGCCGGUAAUUUCAAGGCACUAUUUGAGGCUAUUGAAGCUGAACAAUCUCAACGUGGGAAUUUGUGAGAGUUUGUUACAGGAAGCAGUUCUUUAAUUACAAGAUUCACAGUCAUGCCAAUGGGACCUUCUUUUCAUCAAUUGUAACUUAUUCAGAAGGGAAUAUAAGAUACCUUUCAGCUAUCAUUGUUCAUGAAAUAAAUGGAGAGCAUUGUGGCAGUGCUUGGACUGCACCGCUGAUUCAUAACUGUAAAGAAGCAAAGGAACCUGAAUCUAAUUGAAAUGUAAAAAUGCAAAGUAAAAAGGCACAGACUAAGGGCUCAGACAUUCAUAGGGAUGGAAGACAGUUGUCCAGUAACUUAAUUAAUCAAAGUCAUUGUAUUUUUUUUCUCAGUAGGAAAGAAAUAUUUUAUGUUCUCUCUAUAACUAUAAGCAAGAGGAGCUGAAAGAAAUGGUACCUUACAAAAAAUAAUCAUAUCACCUAGGAGGUUUUAUGUUUCUUCUUUUGUAAGUUUUGAAUCUGGAACAUUUCCUGGAUAUUUAGCUGAAAUAGUGAAUUUAAUUAUGAGGAUGCAUAUGAGAAUAGCAACACUGCAAUUCAUGAACUCAAGUACAUGAUGAUUGAGCAGGGUUUUCACCUCAGAAAUCUUCUCAAGUUUGUAAAUCUCUAACGUGAGGCUUAUGUAGUUAGCAAAUAUUACAUAUUGAUUAUGACAAAAAUAUGUACAUAAAUAAAUUGCUAAUUAUGCAAACACAUGUAUAAAACAUGUGUAAAUGAUAUGUUAUUAAAAGGAAAUAUUAGGUAAUCAGUGUAUGUACCUGCUAACAAGAAAUUGAUGAAGUAACAGCCAGUAAAAAUAAAACUUGAUUUCCUUUGUUUGUUGUUUCAGUCUUCCCAAGAUUGUCUCUUUGUGUGACAAAAAAUAAAAUGUGGCACAUUGUGGCCAUUCUGUGUACAUUCAA